AUGUUCAGGCUGCUGCCAAUCAGUACCCCCAAGGUCCCUUUCUGCCUGGCCAAUGUCCCGUCACUCUGUUCCCAGCCUGUAGUUCUGCAGGGGGUAGUUGUGACCAAAGCGCAGGAUCUGACAUUUGGGCUUGUUAAACUUUAUAUUGUUGGAUUCAUCCCAUCAAUCCAGCCCGUGCACGUUGAUCUGCAGAGCUCUCCUACUCUCCAGCAGAUUGAUAUUCACAACCAAUUUGGUGUCAUCUGCAAAUUUGCUAAUGGUAGACUCGAUCCCUUCAUCCAGAUCAUCAAUAAGGAUCUUAAACAGGACUGGGUCCAGCACAGAUCCCUGGGGAACACCGCUAGUGACAGGCCACCAACUGGGGACAGCACCAUUCUUCACCACUCUCUGGCCCAGCCAUCCAGCCAGUUCUUAACCCAGCAAAGAGUGCACCUGUCGAAGCCAUGGGCUGUCAGCUUUUCCAGGAUUAUUCUGUGGGAGACGGUGUCAAACACUUUGCUGAAGUCCAGAUUACGGUCUUUGGUAAAGCAAUUGGAGAGAGGGGAAGCUUCAGUUGUAGAUCUAAAGAAGAAUUUGGAAUAUGCAGCGACUGUUCUUGAGUCAGUAUACAUUGAUGAAACUAGGCGUUUACUAGACACAGAAGAUGAACUCAGUGAUCUCCGGUCUGACUCUGUGCCCUCAGAGGUCCGUGACUGGUUGGCUUCCACCUUCACACGGCAAAUGGGGAUGAUGCUUAAAAGGACUGAGGAAAAACCGCGGUUCAGGAGUAUUGUCCAUGCAGUGCAAGCUGGGAUAUUUGUGGAAAGAAUGUACAGGCGUACUUCAAAUAUGGUCGGCUUGAGCUACCCACCAGCUGUAAUUGCAGUGCUAAAGAAUGUAGACAAAUGGUCCUUUGAUGUAUUUGCACUAAAUGAUGCCAGUGGAGAUCAUGCACUGAAAUUCAUUUUCUAUGAACUUCUCACACGCUAUGAUCUGAUCAAUCGUUUCAAGAUUCCCAUAUCUGCCUUGGUGUCUUUUGUGGAAGCUCUGGAGGCUGGCUACAGUAAACACAAAAAUCCUUAUCACAACCUAAUGCAUGCUGCAGAUGUCUCACAGACAGUCCAUUACCUCCUUUUCAAGACAGGCACUGUGCACUGGCUGACCGAGCUGGAGAUCUUCGCUAUGAUUUUUGCAGCUGCCAUACAUGAUUAUGAACACACUGGAACCACCAACAAUUUUCACAUCCAGACAAGGUCAGACUCAGCCAUUCUAUAUAAUGACCGGUCUGUGCUUGAAAAUCACCAUGUUAGUGCGGCGUAUCGUCUUUUGCAAGAUGAUGAAGAGAUGAAUAUUUUAUCUAAUCUCUCAAAGGAUGAUUGGAGGGAAUUUAGAGCUCUAGUCAUUGAGAUGGUGUUGGCUACCGAUAUGUCCUGUCACUUCCAGCAAAUCAAAGCUAUGAAGAAUGCUUUGCAGCAACCAGAAGGAAUUGACAAGCCGAAAGCCUUAUCACUGUUAUUACAUACAGCAGAUAUCAGUCAUCCAGCCAAGGCCUGGGAUCUCCAUCAUCGCUGGACCAUGUCUCUGCUAGAGGAGUUCUUCAGACAGGGUGACAAGGAAGCAGAACUAGGGCUGCCCUUCUCUCCUCUAUGUGAUCGGACAUCUACUAUGGUUGCUCAGUCUCAAAUAGGUUUCAUUGAUUUCAUUGUGGAACCCACCUUUACUGUGCUGACUGACAUGACAGAGAAAAUUGUGACUCCGCUAAUUGAUGAAGCUUCCCUCUCUGGCCUGUCUGGAUUUAGGCGUUCCAGUUUGAAUAGCAUUAGUCACUCUGAAGUAAAAAGAUCAAGUGUCAAGAGCACUGGGUCCGAAGGAAGUGCCUCACUCAACUGCUCCAUACUCACUGAGGACUUCAAAUGUUUUAAAGCCACCUGGACUGAGGUGGUGCAGCAGAACAGGGAGAAAUGGAAAGCACAAGCCACCAAAGAAGAAAAGGCUAAGAGAGAAGCAGAGGAAAAUGCUUAUCAGGGAACACAUGAAAAGGAAAGAGAUGAACAUGAUGGGAAGCCAGGUGAAGAUGUCACAGAAGCAAAGACAGAAGAGAGUAAAGAACCAAAUCCUGGGGAAAGCAAAAGGACAGAUUCCAGUAAGAAUCCUGUAAAUGGCACUUGGCAAAGUGGCAUGAGCAAGCAUGAAGCCUAUCAAGGGAAAAAUGCAGCUAGGACAGAUAAGAAAAUGGAUCUUCAUCAUACUGUGGGAGAAGAGAAACAGCAUGUCCAGAAUGGUGAAUCAAAGGAAGACAACAAAUUGGACAGAAAAUAUAAGUGUAGUGUGGGGGAUGAAUCAAAGAAAACAGAUGAUACGGAAGAGUAAAAAUAUAUUUAAAAAGCCACUGCAAAUCUCUUUCAUCAUUUUAUCUGACCUUCAUUCCUGUUCUACUCCUGCAAAGACCAGAUUCUGGGAAAGGCAUUAAACAGCUUUCAAAACACUCCUCCUCUCACUGGCUACUUCACAGCUAAUGAAUCUGGUUCAAGGGUGGGGGCCUUGGUUUUUUUUUGUUAAUUUUGUUUGUUUAUUCAUGUAUGUACAUUUUUUAUUGUUGGUUUUUCUGGAGGGAUUCUUGUUAAAAGGUCAAAUUGUGAUUUCAUUGUAAAUCAUUUCAUUUUACUGGACAGGUCAAGCAAAUAGAAAAAAGUAUUCUUCAAAAGCUGUUUUUGCCCUUUGCUGUGCCUCAGCUGGUGAAGCCAACACCAGGAUGAUGCAAAAGAAUAUAAAAGAAAAAAAAAAUCAAAAAAUCCCUGAUAAUAAUUAACUUUUUCUUU